AUGGAAAACUGUACAAGAUCUGAAAUUUUUUCAACAAGUAGUAAUGUUAAUACAAGGAAUACUCAAGAUCAUGAAAAUACUUCUGGUACGAAAUCUCAAAAAGUAACGAAGACACCAAAAGGAUUAAAAGGAUCAAAAAGACAACAAGAACAACUCAAAGAAAGGAAAUUACCAAAAGAAAAAUUACCGAUUUCAUCUGGAGAAGAAGAAAAGAACGACGAACAAAUUGAAAAAAUUGCUUUUCGUGAAAGCGUACAAAAAAAAUUAAAGGAAAUGGAAGAAGAUUUUCAACGAAAACAAAAUAAAACGUAUGAAGAAAGAUUAAACCAAUUAAAUCAAGAUAUUAUUGAUGUUCGACAAGGAUCAAGUCCUGUUCUUAAAAAAGAACUUCAAAAAUUUAUUAAUAAAUAUAAUGAAGAACUUGAGGAAGCUCAAAUGAAAAGGGAUUAUUAUUUAAAAUGCAUUCAAAAAGAAUAUGAAGAAGAAACUCAAAUUGUGGAAAAUUAUUACUUGGUACGAAAGAGAAAGGAAAUCGAUGCUGCUCUCGUAGGAGAUAUCGAAGCAAGAAAAAAAAUGCUUCUUGAAGAUAUCAAGACUUAUGACCAAAUUAACGUACAAGAUGGUGAAUUGAAAGGACAUGUUUAUGUAAUUCUCGUAUUACGAAGUAAAACGAAGACGACAUUGAAUUCCGAUGCGCAAGAAAAAAAAAUAACAAAUCUAAAAGAUUUUGAUAAGGCGACAAAGAAAAUGGAUCAACAUUAUCCUGAAUUUCGUGAUACAAGUUUGACCAAUCAUAAUUAG